CCGCGGCGGCGGCGGCGGCGGCGCGCGGCCUGGGCUCGCGCUGGGCUCCGCGCGCCCCCCGCCCCCUCUAUGAGGCAGAGGCCGCGGCGGCCGUUAACGCUGUCGCUCCGGGGCCCGUGGCGGGCGGGGCUCCGGCGGGGCUCGGCCUAGUCCCCACCCCAGCCCGGCUCCCAGCCGCCCGCCCUCCCUCCCUCUCUCCGAUGCAGGGGCCCGAGCUCCGGGAUGGCGAGGCGGCGGCGGCGGCGGCCGCUUCGUACCGUGUCCUGAGCCGCCUGCUCGGCUAUGGAGAGGCGGCCCCCGAGCCAGGCCCACCGCCGCCGCCCCCGGGCCAUGGCCCCCCGCCGCCACCCUUCCUCGCGCGGCCGGGUCCGCGGGGCUCCCGGCCGCCGCAGCUGAUGGUGUUCCGCAACGUGGGUCGGCCGCCGGAGGAGGAGGACGCCGAGGCGGCCCCGGAGCCGGGACCCUCGGAACUGCUGUGUCCCCGGCACCGCUGUGCCCUGGACCCCAAGGCCCUGCCCCCGGGGUUGGCGCUCGAGCGGACCUGGGGCCCGGCUGCUGGACUAGAGGCGCAGUUGGCGGCUCUGGGGCUCGGGCAGCCGGCGGGGCCGGCGGUCAAGACGGUCGGUGGGGGUUGCUGCCCGUGCCCGUGCCCCCCGCAGCCGUCCCCUCCGCAGCCCCAACCGCCUGCUGCCGCCCCGCAGGCCGGGGAGGAUCCCACGGAAACGAGCGACGCGCUGCUAGUCCUGGAGGGCUUGGAAUCGGAGGCCGAGAGCCUGGAGACUAACAGCUGCUCGGAAGAGGAGCUCAGCAGCCCGGGCCGCGGAGGAGGAGGGGGCGGCCGGCUUCUGCUGCAGCCCCCAGGCCCCGAAUUACCCCUGGUUCCCUUACCGCUGCAGGACUUGGUGCCACCAGGGCGCCUGAGUAGAGGGGAGCAGCAGCAGCCGCCUCCCCCGCCCCCGCCCCCGCCCGGACCCCUCCGGCCACUCGCAGGCCCUUCGCGGAAGGGCUCCCUCAAAAUCCGCCUCAGUCGCCUCUUUCGCACGAAGAGCUGCAACGGUGGCACUGGUGGUGGGGAUGGAGCCAGCAAGAGGCCUUCUGGAGAGCUGGCUGCUUCAGCUGCGAGCCUGACAGACGUGGGAGGCUCCGCCGGCCGGGAGCUGGACGCGGGGAGGAAACCCAGGUUGACCAGAACUCAAAGUGCCUUUUCUCCGGUCUCCUUCAGCCCCCUGUUCACAGGUGAAACAGUGUCGCUUGUGGAUGUGGACAUUUCUCAGCGGGGCCUGACUUCUCCACACCCUCCAACUCCCCCUCCUCCUCCAAGAAGAAGCCUCAGCCUCCUAGAUGAUAUCAGUGGGACGCUGCCUACAUCUGUCCUUGUGGCUCCGAUGGGCUCUUCCCUGCAGUCUUUCCCCCUACCUCCGCCACCUCCACCCCAUGCCCCAGAUGCAUUUCCCCGGGUUGCUCCCAUCAGAGCAGCUGAAUCCCUGCACAGCCAGCCCCCCCAACACCUCCAGUGUCCCCUCUACCGGCCCGACUCGAGCAGCUUUGCAGCCAGCCUUCGAGAGUUGGAGAAGUGUGGUUGGUAUUGGGGACCAAUGAAUUGGGAAGAUGCAGAGAUGAAGCUGAAAGGUAAACCAGAUGGUUCUUUCCUGGUACGAGACAGCUCUGAUCCUCGUUAUAUCCUGAGCCUCAGUUUUCGAUCACAGGGUAUCACCCACCACACUAGAAUGGAGCACUACAGAGGGACCUUCAGCCUGUGGUGUCACCCUAAGUUUGAGGAUCGCUGUCAGUCAGUGGUGGAGUUCAUUAAGAGAGCCAUCAUGCACUCCAAGAAUGGGAAGUUUCUCUAUUUCUUGAGAUCCAGGGUUCCAGGACUGCCACCGACUCCAGUCCAGCUGCUCUAUCCAGUGUCCCGAUUCAGCAAUGUCAAAUCCCUCCAGCACCUUUGCAGAUUCCGAAUCCGGCAGCUCGUCCGGAUAGAUCACAUCCCGGAUCUUCCACUGCCUAAACCUCUGAUCUCCUAUAUCCGAAAGUUCUACUACUAUGAUCCUCAGGAAGAGGUAUACCUGUCUCUAAAGGAAGCGCAGCUCAUUUCCAAACAGAAGCAAGCGGUAGAACCCUCCACGUAGCGAGGGGCCCCUGCUGGUCACCACCAAGGCCAUUUGGUUGCCAAGCUCCAAUUUUGAAGAACCAAAUGAAGCUACUAUGAAACGAGGAGUAAGAAAAAACAAGAGGGAGUAGUAAGGGUUGGGAUCUUCUGCGCAAAGACGUUGGUUCCCCUCGCCGCCUGGGGCUUGGAAGAAGCACACAACCGUACUCUCUGAGUGGGGGCUCCGCCGUUUGUGUCCGCCCCUGUGAUAUCUGGGAACUGGAUGAGCUCCUUGGAAAACUGGAAGAAGUCUCAACACUGUUCCUUUUUCACCAGUUUUGUUUUGGACAUUUACAUUUCUCGGUAUGAAAAACUCACCUUAAAGACAGCUGGGGUUUGUGCCCAUUGGAUUGGACAUGGUGUGAAGGGUGAGCAUGGUCCAAGGGGGAGGGGGACCGCCAGUGUGGGUCAUGCAGCUGGUGCCAAAGGCAGAAUGCGAGUUUUCACCAUUGACCUUGAAGAAGGGAAGAAAAGGAGUCAGAAGUGCAAAUCGAGUUGGGAGUUUCUGAAGGAUGAGAAUCUGCUUCUCUUUAAGCAUGAGUAGCUUCCGUGGGAGCAGGAAAGAAAGGUGGGUGGUCUCAGACAGAAGAUUACGGGACAGAAACUGGCAGAUGGCUUCUGCUGGGGAAGUCGUGACUCCUUGCAUCCUUUCUUUUUAAGGUUUAGGAACCUAAUUACAGAAUCACCUCUCAUAGAAGCUGGAUUCGUUUUAUUUUACUUGAUUCCUAAGUUCUGUGACCUCAAGUUAGCCCCGUUCUUCCUCCACCCUCAACCUGUUCCCCAAGAUAACUGUACAUUUCACCCUGGUCAUGGUAAUUCAUUCUAGUGCUUCUGCUAGCUGUCAAGGCACUAGUUUUUCUCAUCACCUGAGCGGUUCAGAGCUCCAGUCAUGGGCUGCUAAAGGUAAUGGAGCCUGCUUCCAGAUUGUUAAUAGCAAACUGGACCAUGACUUAGGAGACAAUGUUACUUACCUCCAUAUGUCUGUCGGCUAGUGAGAGGGAAUGUGCAGGAAGGUGGGAAACGAAGCUGUCAAGUUGUCCUCUUCCUAGAGAAAGCUUUCUAGUGUCUCAGCCUUAAUGGGACGUCCUUAGAUUAGGAGGAGGAGAGUAUUACAUCUCAUGUUUUUAGGUUUAUCACUGUCGUCCUACUUCUGGGACGCGAGGUAGCAAGGGCUUCUAUAUUUUCCUCUGUUUUUUCUGGCAACACAAACAUUUUCCUGAGUCAGAUCCUAUUUGCCCUCCUUUCACUGGGAUUCUGUCAGAUGCUGAUUUCAGAGUUGCCUGUCUUCCAGGUGGAAGUGAGGAAGAGGGAGAAAAACUCCAGUGCUUUUCAAUGGUCUUUAAGUUUUCCUGAAGCAGGCCAUUGUCAAAUCAUGUAACAUCAUAAAUUUGCUUUUUUGUAGAGUUACUCUGGGGAAACUUUUGCAAUUAAGAUGUGAAAAAUUGAGCUGUUUGGUCUUUAUUACUCUUUUCCAGUAAGUGUUCCAUUAGACUGCUUCUUUCGGUACCCCUGUGCUUUAUAUCUGUCUCAUCUCAUGAGAUAAAUAAUACUGUCAGGUUUGUGGUUUCCUGAUGGUUUGGGGUGAGGCCUCUGUGACUUGUUAAUUUAUAGGACUGUCUCAUCUGGAAGCACUGGCCUUCUGCCUUACGACCUGCAUAGAAUGGCCAGUCUUCCUCUUUGCAGCUGAAUGGGGAGGAAACUUACAUUGUUACUUGGCUCUAAAGAGGUGUCCCACAAAAUGAGCUUUGUAGCAUAAAUAGCCCACCUCUGAUUUGUCAGGAGGUGCUUCUCUCCUUGGCUUCCAUGGUAGUAUUACCAACCAGUUAAGAUUGUCAUCCCAGAAAUUGGCUUAACCUGUGAGUCUUGCCUCUUGAGGGUGCAGAUUAACUUGCCAUCUUGCAGAAAGUGCCACCCCUCCCCGACCCCUCACUGUAGAGCCUGAAGUCUGGAAUCCAUUGGGAUCCUUGAGUGGCUGAUGUGCAGCUCUCUGGGAUUUUUUUCUGUAACCACUUUCGCUACACAUAAUUUUUCAGUUAUUCCUUAGUAUGUGUUUGCUUGGCUCUUGGGCCAGGUACUGUGGAAAACACAGGAGUCAGAAGGUGUGGUAUCUGGCUUUAGGGAACUUUUAGGUGACUGCCACUCAUGAAGCAAUUGGAGAGUGACUCAGUGUGGCAGGGAAUCAAGAACUCUAAAGAAAUUCAGAGUGGGUAACAUCAGAGUAGACCAGAUGAUGUAGGAAGGCUCUGAGGCGAUGCGUGAGGCUUUGGGUUGUAGGCGAGGGCAGGACAGUGAGAUGAGACGCACAUGAACCAAAAGCAUGGAAGCAGAAAUGUGCAUGGCGUGUACUGAACAGUGCACAGCCCUAAGUUAGAGCAGAAGCACCUAAGAAUCCAUUUCCCAGGUCUGAGUGAGUGC